CGGGCACUGGCUGAGCUCCGAGGCGGCGAACCUGCGGCGGGGACGCCCAGAAGGGGUCCGGGCGGCUGGGGGCGGCGGCGGCCGGGUCGGGGCUCCCCCCCCCGCCCGCGCUCGCCGCGGCGGUGGUGCGUCCCGGAGGUUACCGGAAGUGGCCGCGCUCGGCGCUGCCAUGUUGAGCCGCCGCUGCCGCUGCCGCCGCCGCCGCCGCCGCUUUGUUGUCGCCUCCUCCGGCUGAGGAGGCUCCCCGAGCGGGGGGAGUGGGGAGGAGGGGGGUCGGCCGCCGCAGCCAUGGAGGCCAACUGGACCGCGUUCCUGUUCCAGAGAACAAGUUGGGGAAACCCAGUUCCCCUCUUAGAAGGCUUCAUGUAGAAGUGUGGGGAUCCUAGGAAUCCUCAGAGAGUGAUUCCCGUAGUGGUCGAGGCAUUCUACAGCAUUUCACCCAAGAAGCAGGGACCUGGUGUGACCCUCGUGUGAGAGUGAGCUUCAGCAAUGCUGUAAAAAUACUUUAUGUUGCCACAGACAUCUGAAUUGGUAAAAUGGCAGCCCAUGAAGCCUCCCAUCACCAACAGCAGGCAGCACAGAACAGCUUGCUGCCCCUCCUGAGCUCUGCUGUGGAGCCCCCUGAUCAGAAACCAUUGCUUCCAAUACCAAUAACUCAGAAACCUCAAGCAGCGCCAGAAACAUUAAAAGAUGCCAUUGGGAUUAAAAAAGAAAAACCCAAAACUUCAUUUGUGUGCACUUACUGCAGUAAAGCUUUCAGGGACAGCUAUCACCUGAGGCGCCACGAGUCCUGCCACACAGGGAUCAAGUUGGUGUCCCGGUCAAAGAAAACCCCCACCACGGUGGUUCCCCUCAUCUCCACCAUCGCUGGGGACAGCAGCAGAACUUCGUUGGUCUCGACCAUUGCUGGCAUCUUAUCAACAGUCACUACAUCUUCCUCGGGCACCAACCCCAGCAGCAGUGCCAGCACCACAGCUAUGCCCGUGACCCAGUCUGUCAAGAAACCCAGUAAGCCUGUCAAGAAGAACCAUGCUUGUGAGAUGUGUGGGAAGGCUUUCCGAGAUGUGUACCACCUCAAUCGGCACAAGCUCUCCCAUUCGGACGAAAAGCCCUUCGAGUGUCCUGUUUGUAAUCAGCGUUUCAAGAGGAAGGACCGGAUGACUUACCAUGUGAGGUCUCAUGAAGGAGGCAUCACCAAACCCUAUACUUGCAGUGUUUGUGGGAAGGGCUUCUCGAGGCCUGACCACUUAAGCUGUCACGUAAAACAUGUCCAUUCAACAGAAAGACCCUUCAAAUGCCAAUUUUCCUCCCUCAUGCAGACGUGCACUGCUGCCUUUGCCACCAAAGACAGACUGCGGACACACAUGGUGCGCCACGAAGGCAAGGUAUCGUGUAACAUCUGUGGGAAGCUUCUGAGUGCAGCGUACAUCACCAGCCACUUAAAGACACAUGGGCAGAGCCAAAGUAUCAACUGUAAUACAUGUAAACAAGGCAUCAGUAAAACGUGCAUGAGCGAGGAGGCCGGCAGCCAGAAGCAGCAGCAGCAGCAUGUAACGAGCUGGCCAGGGAAGCAGGUGGAGACGCUGAGACUGUGGGAAGAAGCUGUCAAGGCAAGAAAGAAAGAAGCUGCUAACCUGUGCCAAACCUCCACGGCUGCUACGACACCCGUGACUCUCACUACUCCAUUCAAUAUCACGUCCUCUGUGUCGUCUGGGACGAUGUCAAACCCAGUCACAGUGGCAGCUGCAAUGAGCAUGAGAAGUCCAGUCAAUGUUUCAAGUGCAGUUAACAUAACCAGCCCAAUGAACAUAGGGCACCCUGUAACUAUAACCAGUCCAUUAUCCAUGACCUCUCCUUUAACACUUACUACCCCAGUCAACCUCCCCACCCCUGUGACUGCUCCAGUGAAUAUAGCACACCCCGUCACCAUCACGUCUCCCAUGAACCUGCCCACACCUAUGACGUUAGCUGCCCCUCUCAAUAUAGCAAUGAGGCCUGUAGAGAGCAUGCCUUUCUUACCCCAAGCUUUGCCUACAUCACCACCUUGGUAAACAGUAUUAUAAAAUCAAAAUAUGGGUUAAAGUAAAUAUUUACCAGCAACUUACUUUUAGUUUAUUAAAGCAAAAAGUAAACCAUGAAAUUGGGAGAUUUUAUUACAUUAGUUAAUAAUAGUGUAGUAGCAUUUUUCUCCAAUUUGGCUGGGAUUGUUCAAAGUAGGGUGUGUAUGUAACUUAUCACUGGACCACUUUAGUUUAAUCAGAAAUUCCUUUUAGCUGACAGCAUUGCUUAAACAAGAUAGUAGUUGGCAAGGUAAAAUGCCAGAAUUAAAACCAAUCAUAAAAAAGCAAAACCCAUUUCAAAAUAAAAAAACGGCAUUACUGUUUCUAAUCCCAAGAAAUCAUUUUAUUCUAAACACUAGCAGAACUCUUCUCCCUAUAAAAGGUGGAUGGCUGAUUUUAACCUGAAGUUCUAAAUCCACAGAGAGCUAGUGUAGCAUUGUCUGUGUUUAUUGUUUUUAUGAGUAAAUACAUGCAUUGUCAUAAUAAAAUGCAUUUCAGAGAAUAUGCAUUUUACCUUUGGGAAUAUGUUAAUUUCAGGCAGCAUUCCCUAUGGGAAAGGUGAUACCAGCUCUGAUAUGCAAAGCAUAUGAUAAUUUAUCAUUCUAACUUCAACAUAUAAUAGGGAUUGUGACCUGAUAUUUGGAGAUGUAAAUAUUGCUCAGCAUAUUAAUCCUGAUGGAAUAUAGCAUUGUAGUUGACUUUUUAAAAAAAUAAAAAAUAAAUAAAAAAAACCAAAAUAUACAAAUUGUGUUUUGGUAAGAAAAGGCCUCAACUGACGGAGGAGAAGUCAAGCGUGUGGACAGGCAGACUCCUAACAAAUAGAGGCCAGUGGGACUCCUAUUCAGGAGCCAAGGAGUACUUGGAACAGUUAAAAUAUAUUGCUUUAAAUUGGAAGAUGCUGGAGGCACUGGGAUGUGAUAUGCCCCUCUCUCUCCCAAUCAGAGCCUGUUGAUGUUACAACAGGGAAAUAUGUGUUAGUUGCUCACUAGAGUUUAUGUCUUAUAUUAAAUUGUAUACAGUUUUUAUUCUAACCACUAACUAGGUAGUAUGCCCCUUCAGAACAAGCAGAGUGUAUCUUUUUUUUUUUAAUUUUUCCUUCCGUUUCUUAAUCAAGUAUUGUGCAGAUUUUUUCAACUUUGUAAAUAUGGACAUCACUUUUUCUUUUUCUUUGAGAAAACACUUGUAUCAGCUUUGUGGUGUUUUCAGGGAGACGCUCUCUGUACUCCCUGUAGAAACCCAGCAAUGAUUGUGCACGUUAAGACAUGUGCUUUUUAUUUCUUAGCAGGAUGUUUUAUCUCUGUACAUAAAGUAGAAACCAAAAGUUAGGGAAACAGAUACUCUUUACACCAUCAUGCCACACAUUAAUGUUUUUAAAGCAUUGUGGUUUUUUUAAAAAAAGGUUACUAAAACCAAGACGCUGUGAUUUUUUUUUUAAGUUGCAAUAUGUUUUUGGGUUUUUUUUUUCUUUUUUAAUCUUGCAGUUAAGAGAAAUGGAAUUUAGUUGUAUUAAUCUUGCAGAAUGUUUGCAGGACUGACUAUCAAACUGGAUGACUUCCGUUUAUACCCCACUGUGUCAGUUCAAGCAUCAAAUACCUUACAUCCGAGGCAGACUUCCUACAUCAGGGACAGGUAUCUGUGUGUCAUUAUACAAAACAGUUCGAGGGGGUUGAACUACAUAGUAAAAAAUAAAAUAGUACUUAGUGUAAAAUAAUUUUAUAAAUGAUCUUUUGUACUUUAGGACAUUAAAUUGUACAACUUUUGUAUAUAUAAAAGCUUAGGAACUUUCUGUUUAGCAGGAAGGCAACACAUUCCUACACUUUUAAUGUAUAUGUUUGUUAUAAUGUCCAUGUAAACAUGCCCUAUGUUUGUGCCUUUUAAUUAGUUUGUCUCAAUAAACAAAAUGUAGAGAAAAA